GUGCGCACGCGCGGGAUGUAUCCAUCCUGGAGGAGUCGGAAGUGAAGGCGUUGGAGGGGGUCAGGGAGUGGGAGGUUGACAGGGUUUGGUGGGCAGUUCAGUGUUAUUGGGAGGGAGACGAUGGCGAGGCCGAAUUCCUCGGGGAGCAGCAGGGAUGAACAUGUGAAGGUCACAAGUCAGAGGAAACAGGGCUUCCUGGAGCGUCUUGGGGAGACUACAGGGGGAAUGCUGGUGGGACUGGUGGCCUUCCUCUUCUCCUUCUAUCUCCUCUUCUCUAAUGAGGGAAGAUAUGUCAGAACUCAGAAUUCCCUGGAUGAGGGCCUUUCCCUUGUGGUGUCCUUGAACGAUGUCUUCACCCCUUUACCUCAAAAUGAUGGAAAACUGGUGCAUCUGUCGGGAUCUCUUAUGACACAGCAGCCACUUUAUGACCCAAACUAUGGCAUCUCUCUCCACGUGGUGAAAUUGCAGCGUCGUGUGGAAAUGUACCAGUGGGUGGAAUAUGGUGAUUCGAGGGACUAUGAAGAGAAUGGUGAGAAGAAGACAGAGACUAGAUAUUCCUACAAUACGGAGUGGAAGUCAGAAGUUGUCAACAGUAGGAGCUUUGAUCGUGAAAUUGGGCACAAGAACCCGAGUUCAAUGGCAGUCGAAUCAUUCAUGGCAGUGGCCUCUGAUGUUAGUGUGGGCAAUCUUCACCUUUCCAAAGGUCUAAUUGACAGAAUCAACACCUUUAAGAGGAUCAGGCUGAACAAGUUUGAGGGCCCUCACACUGACAUCAUCGUCCAAGACGAUUACUUUUAUCAUAGCAGCAACCCCAGGAACCCAGAGGUUGGCGAUCUCCGUGUUUCCUUCGAUUACGCAGGGCUCAGCGGAGAAUGGUCCUUCCUGGGCCAGCCUGAUGUGGUCACCACUGUGGCUCGUCAGAAGGGGAACCAGCUGAUUCCGUACCAGACACAAUCCGGGAACGUUCUGGAAAUAUUGUACGAAGAGUCUCUGUCGGCAACGGAAGUGUUUGAAAAGGAGCACGCUGCGAAUUCUACACUGACCUGGGCACUACGAUUUGCUGGUUGGCUGCUGAUGUUCGUUGGCGUUAAGCUCAUGACGAAGAUUUUCCACACACUGGUGGACUGGAUCCCAAUCGUCCGCAACUUGGUCAGCCUGGGCCUGACGGUUUUUGCUGCAUCCGUAGUCACCUCGCUGACCCUGCUGACCGUGGCCGUGGGCUGGAUCUUCUACCGUCCCCUUGUGGCCCUGCUCCUGGGCAUCCUGGCUGCUGUCCCCUUUCUGAUCGCAAGAUCCCGGGUCCGGCCGAAGCUGCUCUGAGCUCUGCCGGAGGAACAAUCCAUCCACACGGGCGUGUUCUUCCUUCCUGACCGUAAGCCCGUCUCUCGCAGGAUCCAAGCAGCCAGUUUGAAAAACCCAACCUUCUAGUUCACGUCAUUUCACGUGCCUACGACGGACCUGAGACAUUGAAGUGAGUUUCCUGCGAUGUUCCCCCUUUCGCCAUCCCGUUUAUUGUGGAUGGCCUUGGCCACGUCCCUUUGGGCUCCUGGAACUGGUCAGACUCAGGUGCCUGAAUCUUGGGUUUGUGUGUGUACCUGCGCCCCCCCACCCCCCACCGGCACUAAUUCUGAGUAAACGUGUUCAGUAUUAAAAUUUGAGACAAUCUGAAAGCUCAAUGAUUUAUCGACACGAGACUAUGAUCAGUGCGAAGUCACCUGUAAGACACAAUUUUUUGUUUUGACAGUACAGGAUCCAGUUGUAUUAUUUUGAAGGGGACGGUGAAACGUGUUUUUCUGAUGAACAAGUGUAUUUUUUAAAUAAACAAGAAAUCUUCCCAUGCAA